GCCUAAGGAGGCCUCAGAGCCCCCAGAUUAUUUUUCGCCGUCGAGCCGUGCGCACGUAUUCGAAAAAAAACCCAACUAAUAGUCUAUAAUAGUGCAGUAUUGUGUAAAACACGCGCGUCUCUGCUGUCUCGCUCUGCCACUCACCUAUACACUCUCGCAUGCCUAUACACACACACACGUGUACAGAUACCUGUAAGAGAGCGACGAACGAAAAACGGUGCAUGGAAAAUAGGAAAAUCGGAACUGAAAAAGUCGGAAUUUCGCUUAAUCGUAGUUAGCUUUGCGUACGACUGUCAGUUUGAAAUUGAAAGUGUCGGCGGUUUGUUUCAUAUACUCGAAGCGUUACAAAAUUCGAAACAACAAAAUAUUGCAUCCACUAGUUCUCGGAGCGGAAACAUCUGGGCGCGAAAAAAUCGAUCCAGACAAUGUGAAAAUUGGCCAAACUCUCGUACCUCGGAAUGCAAGCAACAAUUUUUGGCAAAAACAAAACAAAUAGCGAUACUACGGUUUGAAAUUAAGUUAUAUAUAUACAUAGUGCUCAGUUAAACGGCGUCUUACGUGGAUAUAGUUGUAAAAGUAAUAAUAAAAGCGCGGCGCAACAACCCGAGCGGCUUAGUCAUCCGUGCAGGAGAUUCGCUUUGGCUGCAGAUACUACCAGAUACGAGAUACAAAACACCAGAUACAAUAGCGAAACAGCGGUCUUAAGAGCCCAGUUUAGCCAGUUGGAAAAACCGUAGCCACAGGGAAUUUUCGGAUGUCAAACACCAAGUUCUCAUCUGAAUGAUAAAACUAAACAUUAUAAGUGAUUAACGAAUAUUGUAGCUACAGAUACGUGCUAUACUACAGCAAAUGCUCCAACAUCAAGCGGUUGAUAAACCCGAACCUAGAGGAACUUGAAAACUGGAAGACCUACGUAAUUACAACAAAUUGCAGCAACAACAAGGCAACGCCUACGACACGCCAGUGAUUACAACAAUAAUAACAGCAACAACAAAAACAACAUUACUUACCUAUCCAGCGUAACCUGUUGUAGCUAUUUCACUGUACUGCAUUGCUGCUCACCUCUCGGCAUCUAAAAUUGGGCAUUCACAAGCGGCUUAAAUAAAUACGUGGUUAACCAUUGGCAGCGAAUACACAUACAAUAUAUAGCCGGAAUCUGCAAGUGGCACACCUGUGGCCACGGGUCAGUUGAGCACCAGUUGGAGCAACAGCAUCACCAUCAAAGCCACAACCGCACACAAUGUCGAGACUCACCGAGGAAAUGGUGAUUGCGCGGGCCAAGCAAUCCGAUCUGGCCCUGAUCAAAAAGCUAAAUUGCUGGGGCAGUGAUCUCAGCGAUGUGUCCAUCAUCAAGCGAAUGCGCGGAGUGGAAGUGCUGGCUCUUAGUGUCAACAAGAUCAGCACGCUGUCGCCGUUCGAGGAAUGUCACAAACUGCAGGAACUGUAUCUGCGCAAGAACAACAUCACCGACAUCAACGAGAUUGGCUACCUGCAAAAUCUUCCGAGUCUCCGGUAUCUCUGGCUGGAGGAGAAUCCCUGCUGCGAUCGAGCGGGCCCCAACUAUAGAGCGGUCGUAUUACGCGCCCUGCCCAACCUGAAGAAACUCGACAAUGUUGAGGUCACGCAGGAGGAGGUGGACGACGCGCUGCGUGGAGGCGGAGGCGCCGCACCAGAGGAUGAGGUCUACGAGGAUGCCUACCAGCAGCAGCAGCAGUCAUCGCGCACAUCGCCUCAGCAGAUACCGCAGCAGCAGCAGCAGCAACAGCAGCAACACAGCUACCCGCAACACUCGCCGCCGCAGCAGCAGCAGCAAUAUCACCACCAGCAGCCACAUCACCAACCGCAGCAGCAGCAGCAGCAGUCGCAGCAGCAAUCGCAGCAGCAGCGCCGCAGCUCCAGUCCCAUGAAAGAGGAACCCGUGCAUCCGCCAUCGCCCAUGUAUAACACCAUAACCAAAGAGCAGCGCACCUCCUACCACCAAUACGAUCGCUCGCCGGGAUCCGACCAGGAGGGUAGUACUCACACGUACAGGGAGGUGCGGCCCACGCCGCUCCCGCCCAGCAUUUCGGCGCACUCGAUGAAGGAAUACUAUCAGUCGGACAGACCCGCCUACCCGGCGCACUACCGCCACAGCCAGACGGACCUCACCGAGUGGGAGGAGCACCAGCAGGCGCCCCAGGUGCACCACAAUCCCUACGGCAGCCAGAUGCAGUUGCACCACCCGCAACGACGCUCCGCGGGACAGGAGACGACGGCCUACCGGAACGGCAGUGCUCGGGAGAACGGCGGCGAAUGGGAUCCGGAGGACAGGCCCAGGGCGAGGCGACCCGAGGGAAGAUAUAGUGACUCGACCACGACACUGUCGGCCUCUGUGAUGAAUCACUAUGCGGGCUACCAUCGCAGGCCCGUAAAUAGGAAUUCGAAUAUUCUCUCCGCCACUCUCUGUUUGGUGAAGGAGUUGGACUACGCCAGUUUGGAGGUAUUGGAGCACGCUGUGCGAUGUCGCAUCGAUGAGUUGGCGAGCGAAUGAUGAAGACGACUUUCUAAUCGCAUGUCGAUUAGCUAAUCCAAGGCCUGUGGGGCGUUACAAAAUACAAAUGACCAGGAAAAUACAACACACUUAAAAGACAAGAUGAGCAGCCGGUGCUGCGAGGGGAAAAGGAAAAACUGAUAUUAUACUAACGUCUUAAGCAACAAAUAACGAAUACAAAUCUGAUACUUAACGAGGAUAACGAUUCAUACUUGCCAAUUGUAAACUGUCAUAGUGUAACUAGCAACUUUUGUAAGCAUUUUGUCAUGUAACGAAUAUUGCUAAUGGAAUCAGAUAACGAAACAGUAAGCUAGGACAUAAUCGCCAGUGGAUGGAGUAUAUAUUGUCUCGAAUGAUUUCCGCCUAUUGAUCCCAGAUCCCGUUCAGUUGAUACCCGAUCGAGAGCACAGACCACAAAAACUAGCCUUCUUUUGUACUUAACUCGCGAAGAUCGACUAACGAACUAAUGUCGCCCAAGGCGAAGAAGCACAAUGUAUCUUCCUUGUUUCAUUGUAAGAUUAGUUGAAAUUAUACUCAUGACUUUGUUAAAUAUUUGUACGCAAAAGCAAUUAACGCUGAAUCUUAAUUUUAAUAUAUUUACCUAUAAUGCAAUGAA